AAUGCAUCCAAAAUUCUUAUUGAUCGCCACCUUAAAGCCAAAGUGAAUAUUGUACUGAAGAAAUGCGAUAAAAAGCUGGAUUUUGCUUGGGAUGUAAAGACUUUUGGCUAUAUUGUUUUUGAAUCUCUUAUCUGGCAUUCCAGGAAACUUUUUUUUCCUACUGUUAUGUUAGGUGUGUUGGUUUGCUUCGCGCUUUGGACAAGACUGCAGGUCAAUGGCCUAUGGAUUUGGCUGAGAAAUUGAUGUAUGUGUGCCAACGUUGUGUAGACUGUAAUCCUAGAGAUGAAUUUAGGAAAAAGUACAUUUGGUAAUAAUUGUGAAAGAGAUGGGUGAACUUAGAGAAAAGGCUGAUGAAAUUGUCAGAGGACAGGCAGGAACAGAUGAUAACUCUGAUAUUCCAAGACAAUUCUACUGCCCCAUUUGUAAGGAAGUAAUGAAGGAUCCGCAUGUGGCAGCCGAUGGAUUUUCAUACGACCGAGAAGGCAUAGAGAAAUGGUUGCAAUCUGGGCACGAAACAUCACCACUGACCAAUCUGAAGCUCGAGGAUAAAAUAAUCACCCCUAAUAGCACCCUUAAGCUUCUUAUCAAAGACUGGGGGAGAUGAUGCGGGAGCUAAUGAGCCAAGAACCAAGAGGAACACACGAGCUCGAGGAUACCUCAAGGACUUUGUUUGGUCCAAGAGUUGAGUCCUUAUUUUAUUAUGCUUUGA